AUGCAACAAAGGUUUUUUAAAUUCCAUGGUAAUGGUCACACUAAUAACAGUCAUAACAAUAGUAUAGACAAGUUAGUAGAUAAUGCCAAUAUUGCAAGUGAUGACGAUAGUAUCACAGCAUCGUCGUCGGCAUCAACAUUAUCGUCAUGUCGCUCACCUGAUAAUAAUAAUAAUAAUAAUAAUAAUAGCAACAAUCAUGUAAAUAAUAAUGUAAAUAAUAAAAGAGAGAGGGAAAGGGAUACACCAUUUAAAAGGGUGUCGUCUCUACCAGGAUCUACUUCAACUACUAGUAGUACGACUACGAAGACAGGGGAAAGAGGCGAGUCAUCAUCAUCGUCGUCGUCAUCAACAUUACCAUUAUCAUCAUCGUCAUCGUCGUCAUCUCCAUUUGGCAGUCUCCGUAUUGGAGGUCGAACGUCAAUGUCACCAUCGUCGUCAACAAGCACAACAAGUGGUGGUGGUGGUACAUUACCAUUCCUUUUUAACUCUUUGCCCUACUCUAAUAGACCAAUCGCAGUGACCAUUCCCACCAUCCCUACAACAACAUCAACAGCAAAUGGAUCAACAAAACCAUUUAAUAGUUUGUCGAUCAAACUGCCGAGCUCAAAUGGAGUCGCAGUAGCAGAAACAACAUUCGAACCAUCUGCAUCUGCACCCGUACACCACAACAAUACACUUGUCAUUGUCGAUGAAGCUGCAAAGGGAAAGGAAAUGGAAUCCCCUACUUCAUCAUAUGAUGGGGAUGAUGAUGAUGAAAAAGAACAACCCAAUCUUGUUAUUGUUACUGAAAGACCACUCAAAAAGACUAAAAAUAUCAAUAAUAAUAGUAACAAAAACAAAGAAAUAAUAGGGAGCAAAAAGAUGGAAAUAGAUAAUGACCAAGAUGAUAUGAUUUUGGAAGAAGAAUCUAAACCUCUACCUCAACCUCCUCCACCUACACCUCAAAGAUCAACACGUAUGAAGAUAAAUAAUAAUAAUGGUGAAGGAUCGAUCACUACAUCAACAAAUGUUAGAGUUUUACAUGUUUUAAAUGUCAAUGGUGAAUUAUUUAAAACAUGUCAUGACCCCAACCACGAAACACUUACUGGCACCAAUCCAGAGAAUCUACCAUUGGACAUGUUUUACACAUCAACGCAUUCCAACAAAUGUAAAAAGUGUUUUGCUGCCUAUAUUUCAAUGAGACAUCGAACCAACAAGGCACCAUCAGUAAAAAAUGCAGCAGCAGCAGCAAAAACACCAAUACCAACACCAGUACCAAUACCAACACCAAAAAUAUCCAAAUCAGCUGUUGGCAGUAGUGGUGGAAAUAGUGGUGUUACUAGUAUAGAUACUAAAGGGUUCCAAUACAAUAUCAGUUCCAUUGAAGACUCUAUAUCAAAUACUCUAUUUGCCAAUGCAAAUAAGAAUUCUCAACCUAAUAAUAAUAAUACAACAAAUACUACUACUACUCCACCAACAAGCAUAAUCAACAAGAGUUUAAAUCAUAUUAUUACUGAUCAUAUUAAUAAUCAUCAACAACAACAACAAAAUCAAGACCAACAGAAUAAUAAUAUUACAACGACUUUUACUACUACUACUACUAAUAAUAAUAACAAUCAACAGAUAAAUAAUAUAAAUGAAAAUGAAAAUACAACUAGAAAAUUAUGUCAAUCAAAACAACAUGUUGAAUUAUGGGGAACCGAUCCUCAGAAUCUGUAUAUAUCUGAUUUUAUUUCAAAAUCAUCCUAUCGUUGUAAAAGAUGUCAUUAUCAUGAAAAAUCAACAAAAGCUGCUCUACUAGACAAGAAAAAUAAUAAUAACGAAAAUGAAAAUAUAAAUAAUAAUAAUAAUGAUAAUAUUGAUAAUGAUAAUAGUAUGAAUGAUAAUAAUGAUAAUGAUAAUCUUUCUACUACUUUUACAACUAGUACUACAACAACAACUACAACACCAAACCCCAAUAUGUAUGGAACUCAAGUAAAACCAUGUUCUGAAGCAAAUCACUUUGUUUGGUGGGGAACAGACUCUAAACAGAUUCCUCUCCGAGAGUUUUAUUAUUAUAAUGGAAGAUAUAAGCAGCGCUGUAAAAAGUGUCACAUUAGAAUAUACUAUGAACGAAAACAAGCUAAAGCUGCUGCUGCUCUGGAAAAAAGCCAAUCAACUACUAGUACCUCAACAACAUCAACAUCAUCAACAACAACAACAACGAACAAUCCCAUUUCCAAUGAUAUAUACGAGGAAGAUUGUGAUACUGAUAGUAUAAUGGAAAUGCAAGAUAGCAUUGACAACAACAACACAAUUGAUGAUAAAAAGGAAAUAGACAAUACAUCAAGCAAACCAACAACAAAAAGAAAAUAUAAAAAGUAUACAAUUACAAAUGCCUAUGAAGAUCAUGAAGCUAGUAUUAAUAAUCAAAAUAAUAAUAAUAACCAGAAUGACCAGAAUAAUAAUAAUAAUAAUAAUAAUAAUAAUAAUAAUAAUAAUAAUAAUAAUGACGAUGAUUUGAUUAAAAGAGAAAAUUUAACUAGUUCUGGAAGAACCAUUAUGAGUGUAGAGAAUCUUGGUCAAAAAUUCAUGACUUGUAAAUAUCCAAGACAUGAUCAAAUCACUGGAUAUAGUUGUGAACACUUACCAACAGAUGAAUUUUAUCAAUGUGGAGGACGAUAUGUUUUAAAGUGUAAGAAAUGUCAAAGUUUUACUAGAAUGGAAAAACAACAAGGCAAGUCAAAUGGAAAUCAUCCAAUUGCUACUUCUACCCCGACUCCAUCUUCUACUACUUCCACUACUACUUUGUCAUCCAAAUCAAAAACAACAACAAAAUCACCAUCAAAAUCAACUAUACCUAAUACAUCAUCAUUUCCUAUGAUUCCAAAGUUGGUGGCACCACCAUCAUCAUCAUCAACUGCCGUGACACCAAUUAACGAUACAAUUGAAGCAGCGAUUGAGGCUGCAGUGGAUUCAUUUGAUAGUGAUUCGGGUGGUAACCAUGGCACUAUCAAGAAAAGGCAUAGAAGACGAUCGACAAAGACAGACCUCACCAAAUUAUUUUGUCAUCAGUGUGGUAUCACUCAAACACCCGAGUGGAGACGAGGACCUAAUGGACCAGCCUCUCUCUGCAACGCAUGUGGAUUGAAUUAUGCAAAAAAGGAAAGGGAGGACAACCCCCAUUUUCCAGGAUCUCCAAUUACUAGUAUCAAAAAAGAAGAGGAUGGAACUACAACAACUACCACCACCACCACCCAAAACAAUAUGUCAGGUGUUAGUGGUAGCGAGGGAGGCACCAAGACCUGUUACAAUGAAAACCAUCUUGCCAAUACGGGCACCCCCAACACCAAUCUUCCACUCGACCUGUUCUAUCUAAGCAAGAGUGGACAUUAUUCAGCUAGCUGUAAAAGAUGUUUCUCAAAGUACAUCAAUGAAAGAUAUAAAAAAUCUAAAGCAGAAAAAAUUCAAUUAGCUAAACAGGAACAACAACAACAACAGCAGCAGUCCCAAACAAAUAAUACCAACCAAAUGUCAAUCAAUCAUGAUAUUAUUGUAAAUAAUAAUAAUAAUAAUAAUUUCCAAGAUGGUGAUGAAACAUUUGAUGAAGAUGAUAUUGACACUGACGAAGAAAUAGAAGAAGAAUCAAAUUAA